CUAGAAGAAGUUAUCGAGGGUAAAUUAGUCAAUUGCAUGAGAUCAUAUUAAUUCCUAACGUCAUGAAUUUGGAGAUUGAAAGCUCUGUUCUUGAAUCUGUUGAGGAUAAUAAUGGUUUGAUUGGUGAAGUUGAGACUAUUGGGGAUAAAAUGGUCUCUGCUUCUUCUACUGAUCUUGAUAAAGAGUCGAAUUCACCGGUUGAGACUUCUCCUCUUAUUUCAAAGGGAUUUGGUUUAAGAAAAUGGAAGAGGAGAAUAAGGAGAGAUCUUGUUAAGGAUGAUACUUCUGUGAAUAUGGAGAACAGUAAAGUUCUGAAGAGGGUGUUGUCGGGAUUAGUUGAUCCGAAUGCUAAACAAAUGCAUUUGCCGGGACCUGAUGAUAGACAAGAUAGUGUUGGUUCGGUUGGAUCGGUGAAUAGUGUGGUUGGUUUUGCAAUAGGUGGGGAUAGUCAUGGCAAUGGUCUUGCUUUUGCAGCUGGUGUGGAUUCGGAUAAUAGUGAGGAUUGGAGUAGUAAAUCCUCGACUGCAGCCAGCGGUACCAAGGGUAGGUACGAGAGUACAGUGGGUCAUUCUUGGGACAAACAUAGAGGGAAGUAUUCGGGUGGGAAGAGUGUGAUUAGUUCGGGUGAUAGUAGUCAACAGAGGAAGAGUAAUGUAGACAAGAGUAAGAAACUUAGAGGAGAAAGGAUCAAAAUUGAGAAGGAAAACUCUCAUUCCAGUAUGGAAUCUGCUGACUCAAGAAGCUCCAACUUUGUGUUUAUGCAGGGUGCUUCCUAUAGUUUGAGUAGCAGAGAACAGGGCGGAAGAAGAAUGAUGGAUUACGACGAAGAAAAUAGUGAUCAUGACGCACAUACUUCGAACAGAAAGGAUAACGUGGGAGACGAAGAAGAAGAAGGAACCGAAGAUUAUUCACAAGGAGACUCUGUUGAAGAGUCCCAAAGUAAGAACAAUGGUUCAUCAGACAAUCUGGAUCCAUUAAUAGUGGCCUUCAACAGUUUCCAGACUUUGCAAGAAGCCCUCCAAAAAGAACUUCAAAAAUUCCAAGAGCUUGGGAAAGAACCUAUAACAUCACUACAUGAUGGAGGAGAAAGUAGCAGUUGCGUACAUGCUGGACACGAACGAGCUAGUGAAGUAAGCUCUUCGCACCGGUUUGGGUCUGAAAAGAUGGGAGAAACGGGAUUAACUUCUCUAGAUUCCGAGAUACUAAACCUGGUGAACAAUGUAGAGCAUCUGGAGAUCAAACUAGAAGAAGCAAAGAGUAUUCUAAAGGUUAAAGAAACACAAAUACGUGAACUCGAAUCUACCAUAAGCGUUUCAAAGACGCAUAAUGGAGGAACAGAGAUCGGGAUCGAAGAAAUCUUCCAGCAAAAGAUGGAGGCAGAGAUUGAAUAUAUCAUAUUCUCAAGAUCAGUGGGAAACCUAAAGAAACGGAUCAAACUGAUUGAAGAAGAGAAGACAUUGGGGCUAUCAAAGCUUGAGAAAGCAGAAACAAAAGCUGAGAAUCUAAAGAAUCAAGCUCAAGAUUUACAAAACCAUUGUGUAGAGAUCACAGAGAUUCAAGAAGUGGAGUGCUUGAAGAAGAGAGUAUCUAAGACCACUAGAUGUCUUCUUCUACAGUUAGGCUUGCUUUUUAUGCUGUAUUACUUCCUGUUGCCAGAGUCGGAGAAUGUUGUUCCCACAUGAUAGUUUUGUUUGAUGGAAUCUGUUUUUAUUUCUCUUGUAUUUAUAUAUAUUGUAACAUUUUUGGCUCCAAUAGACCAACUCUUCUUUGCUUCUUCUAUGUUUUUCUGUGUGCUACAAUGACAUGACGUCAGUGUGUAUGUAUAAAUUGUUGCCUUUGUC